GCCUGUCAUCCUAGACUCGCUUCACUGCGCAUCUGAUCCCAGCCUCAACAUGUCACUGCUCUCUUACUUACUGCUGGCAGCUACUGCAGUCUACUGCUUCACCACCGUCUUUGCAUUGCCAAUGGAUGGCUUUGAUUCCAACAGCAGGUGUCGGUGUGUGACGACCACCUCAUCCGUAAUCUCACCUCGGCUGUUCCAGAGGAUUGAGAUCCUGCCUCCGGGAGCACACUGUCGCAAAACCGAAAUCUUGAUUACCAAAAAGGACAACAAAACAGUUUGCAUAGACCCUGAAGUACAAUGGAUCAACAAAGUCAUCACAAGAGUAAUGAGGAGCAAAAGAAAUACAAAGGGAACUUCUGCACCCGCUGUGGCAUAAAUCAAAGCGGACAAGAACGUGCGAUACAGCGAGUUUCCAUUUCCUACUUUUUAAGUAUUCCUUUCGUUUAAACUCAAACAUUCUAAAUGUUACUAGACCAUAUUUACACAGUUACAAAUGAAAGAUUUCUUAACACAGGCUGUCUACAAAUAUCUGUAAUUAUUAUUUUGAAAUAAAAAUCAAACAAUUUCUUCCUUUAAAA